GGGUACUCCACUCCGUAUAUCGCUCAUUUGCGGGGUACGGAACUCUGGGCGAUGUCGAUGCUUCUGGGACGGAAGGAGGCGCGAAGAGGAAGCGCGGGCCCGUACGCGAGAUCCGCCCUGGGUACGCUUCGCAGCUGCAAGCGCGGGCGCUUCCGCGCCUUGAGGACGGGUUACGUAACAUCCUUUAUCGUUAAAAAUCCGCGUCUGCACCUCCGCGCCGCCUUGAUCUCCAGCGAGCGAGCUCUACUCACCGGCCCUGCUGGUCUCUCGUCCACACUUUCUUGUUCCCGCCCCGUCGUCGCUUGCUGCUCGCCAGUCGCCCUUGCCCAACUCACCGUUCGUCGUCUCCACCUUCACUCUCGAUCUCACCCAUGGCCGGCGCACGCGGAUGCUUCAACUGUGGCCAGCCCGGUCACCAGGCAGCAAACUGCCCUAACCCCCAACCAUCCUGCUACCGCUGCGGAGAAAGCGGCCACAUAUCCAAGGACUGCACUGCGGCCGAGGCCAAGCCGAAGAGCUGCUACAAGUGCGGGUCGGAGGAGCAUCUGGCACGUGAAUGUCCCGAGAACACCAACACCAACAGUGGGUACACUAGCGGUUACGGCGGCAGCUCCGCGUCGUCCGCCGAGUGCUACCGGUGCGGUAAUGUUGGUCACAUCGCCCGUAACUGCCCCGAGAGCGCCGGCGCAGGUGGCGGACGCGGACGCGGCGGCGGCAACUUCAACUCGUUCAGCAACAAUAAGACAUGCUUCACCUGCGGUGGCGUCGGCCAUUUGAGCCGGGACUGCGUCUCCGGCGCCAAGUGCUAUAACUGCAACAAGAGCGGCCACAUCUCCAAGGAGUGCCCGGAGCCGCAGAAAAAGGCUUGCUACACCUGCGGCCUCGAGGGUCACAUCUCCCGCGACUGCCCCGGCGUCGACGCCGCUGCCUAAUCGCUGUCCUUAGUCGCUCUGUCAUCGAUAGUGUUUGCCUGUCUGUAGCCCGUUGUUCCGUGCCCGGUUGUAUGCCCCUAAAAAUAUACCAACCUAUCGGUCAAUAAUCAUAUCUUGUCUUCUACGC